GUGAGCUACGUAGGAAGAGAAUGUUGGUGUUUUUUUAAGUGCUCCAAUUUUAUGUUGAUGUUUACGUGUUGUUAACACAUAUCGACAAAGCUGAAGUGCCCGAAAAAUGUUUAUAAUAUUUCAUGUGGUAAUUCACUUAGAAGUAAUUCAAAAGAAGAAAAUGUUGAUCUUGAACGUGUGACGUUGUCUUUUUAUUAGGAACUUGAUUUCUUGGAAUCAGUGUUCUGAGGACUGGACGUUCUCGUGUUUGUGUGUGACAGUGUAUAUAAUUUUCGGAAGUGGGUUGAAGCCCCGUAAAAUUUUAGGUCUGUAAGAUUAGUAACGAUUUGUGAGAAAUUAGAAUGGGGAGAAGUGUUGGGUCUGCCCCCCGAGAGUUUGGGUGGUAAGCAGCCGACACCAUAUAAAACUAAAGUACUGUCAGAAACACAUCACAUCAAGAGAGCGGUCUUGGAUCUGGCUGUAGCGAUUGGACAGGCAGAGGUGCGAAACGAACGAGUCAUAGUGAACACGAAGCACCCAGCCAACCGCACGCCUGUCUGAAAUCUGUCACACAUCAGAAUACUUAGUUCACAGGACCAGGGAUUUAUUCAGUGGCCGAUUUCGUCGUAGCAUCAGUUGGGUUGAGGCAUCGCUCUGAUAAGUGUCCGUUCUGCUGCUGCUGCUUGACCUUGUUUCCAGGACAUCCUCUGCCUGAUCUCGAGCUGCAGUCUGAUUCAUCAUUCGAUAAGCAACAAUUGCUAUGCAGUCCUACUAAGCACAGAGCAAAAUGCAGGGAUGCUGGAGCAUUCUACUUGGCUUGCCUCGACAAGCGCAGUGCAGGUCUGGUCGUCUGUGUUGCAUAGAGGUGGCAGUAGUUCUCUAUUUGCUUUUCUUUCUGCAUAGCACUUGUGGUGAAUACAACACCUGUGUCGGAUUGAAUACUCCUGGUGUGACAGUACCUGGAGGAGACAUUAAUUUGGAGUUUGGAAAUCCUUUGAGAAUCUUAUGUAUAUUGAAUGCAAGCCAUUCAGCGGCUGCAGGCAAAAAUUCAAGUGACUUGGUAUUUUUUCAUGACAGUAAAGAAGUACCACAGGAAUUUGUAACAGUGGUUAAUUCUACUACGCUUGAAAUAUAUGUAGAAAAGCCACCAAUUUCUUCCAGCAUGUAUUACUGUAAACUGAAGAUGAAGGAUAAACCUGCAAAGGAUAUGUACAUGGCUGUCUGUCUUAACAGAGUUGUUGUUGAUAGCAAACCACAAGAAGUUCAGAAUCUUUCUUGCAUCUCAAGAAACUGGCAUAAUUUAACUUGCUCAUGGAAGAAACCUCAAAGUUUUGUGAAAACUACAUAUAAUCUUUCCUUUCGUCUGCCUGGAAGAGCAGGAGGCAGAAUGCAUUACAAAUGUCCAGAAGUAAUAGAAAAUGAGACAGACAGCUAUUGCUUUUGGGAUCUCAGUACGGACCCUCACUACCGGCUACCAUAUGAGUACUAUUACUUCACGCUGACUGGCAGAAACAUGUUUGGUAAUUGGAGCAAAAAUAUAAAGUUCCAUCAUUACUCACAUGUGAUACCGGCACCUGCUACUGAUCUCACCAUCGUUGAUGUCACAGUAACAAGUGUCACCUUAAAAUGGUCCGUUCCUUAUCCUAUGGACCUCUUUCCACCUGGACUUGUACAGAAAAUUGAAUACCAGUCGACAUAUGAUGACAGUGGCAAAUGGCUGGUUGCAAAUACAAGUUCAUUGAAUCGCCACAGUGAUAAGUACAUAUACACCUUGGAUGGCCUGAAGUAUGCCAACACCCUAUAUGAUAUUCGUGUGUACCUGAGGUCUCCAUUAGCAGUGGGAGAAGAUAAGUGGUCGGCUCCAACUAUGAAUACUUUCAGGACAGAACCUACCUUUCCUGGUGCUGUACCAAAAACCGACAUUGGAAGUUUUGAAGUGUCUGGUGGCCUUCCAAAUAGAGAUGUCUACAUUUACUGGCAGCACAUUCCUGACUACCUAAAAAAUGGAGAUAACUUUGAAUACAAAAUUAUAUCUGUUGAGGAAAAUGGACAUAGAAGAUCACUCAAACCAAAUGAAACAACAAAUGCAUAUGCAAAAUUCAGAGGAAUAAGCUUCAAUAGUUUCCGGUUCAGAAUUGUAGCAGCGAACAAGGAAGGUUACUCCAAGGAUGUGUCAGAAGUUUAUGUACCAAGCAAGACCGAAAUUCCAGCAGAACCUAUUUCAUUCACAAAAAUUGCGUUUGACAAAGGAGAAUAUGAGCUUUCAUGGAAACCACCAGCUAGUGCUUCUGACAGAAAUAAGAUAGAAAAUUAUACAAUUUUUUGGUGUAACCAUGAACGAGAUAGACCAUACCAAUGCACGGGCUUUUUGAACUGGACUCAUGUACCCAGAACUGUGACACUUAAAAAGAUCCAUGUUCCUGAGGACAAGAUAUAUCAGUUUGCCAUCUCUGCAAAUACAAAAAAUGCUAGCAGUGGUAUGGUGUGGGCAUCUUGCACUGUCAUACAUAAUAAGGUUGUUGGUAAAAUGAAGAGUGUAUGGAUAAAUAGAAUUGGCUCCACAUACAUUGAAGUGGGCUGGAAGCUUGAUUGUUCAGAUCGGAUUGGAACUGUUCAGGGUUUCAACAUCUAUUACUGUCCAAUUGUUUCACCUUAUAAUCUUUCUUGCAAAGAACAUGAACUGAACACAACAGUGAUGGGUGAUCCACAAACAAUUCAUGGCAAUAUAUCAAAUCUGAAACCCUAUACCACAUACAUGGUAGCCAUUGCAGUAAUUACCCAAAGUGGUGAAGGCUUGCAGAGUGAACCUCUAUACAAUACCACUUUAGAAGCAGCACCUGUUGCUCCAGGUCCAGUGAAUGUCACAGAGAUUACUAACACGUCAAUGGUUGUGACAUGGAAUCCACCAAAAUCAAUGAAUGGGGCACUACGGAACUAUGACGUCUUUUAUGGUGACACAAGUAAACGGCUCAACAUGAACACAAAUGAAAGACCAGAGACUGUUCCAGUGUCAAUGAAAUUGGAGAACUUAACGAGUUAUUACAACUACACCGUGAGUGUGGUAGCCUGCACUACCGCAUGUUCUGAAAAAUCUUCACCUGUUACUGUCCAGACUGAUAUUGGAGUACCGGGUAUGAUGGAACAUCCAACAGUCCAGUACAUCAACUCAUCCAUGGUAUUGGUGUCAUGGAAACCUCCACUUAAACGUGGAGGUCCCAUAAAUUACUAUGAGGUGACAGUAAUCAAGGUGGAUGAAGACAGUGGGGGUAAUGAAACCUUCCUGUACAACACUACAGCUACUGAAUCACAAAUUCCAGUCCCAAACUGUGAAUCAGAAGGCUAUCUUAAGUACUUAUUCCUAGUGCGAGCAGUGAACUUGGGGACCACCAAUGUGACACACUAUGGAAACUGGAGCAGUCCGGGGGAGACAAAUUGCUACAGAUCAGUUAUACCCCAGGAAAUGCUUAUGUUUAUCUGGGUGUGUGGAGUCAUCGUGUUCAUUGGCCUGGCCAUCCUGUUUUACUGCAUGGGGAAAAGGGCUUGGCUUAGAUGCAAGGAAAUGCAAGAUGUAGAAGUGAAGUUGCCACCAGGCCUGGCUCCAUCUGAGAAGGAAAAGGACCAUGAAUAUUGGCCACCAGUUGAUGCUCACGAUCAUAUAUCAGGAAAACCCCGCUCCAAUGCUUCAGCUGAUGAAGAAUACUUGCUGGAUAAAAAGGAGGAGAGAUAUGGACGCAAUCCAAGUGGAGACAGUAGUGGGUGCAGUUCUGGGCAUGAAAGUGUGUCAUCCUCUCUGAAAUCUGGCACACAGUUCUCUUCUGAUUCGGGCACUGAAGUCGAUCAGCAUCCGCCUUCACCUGAUGGUGUGUUUCCUGAUUCUCCAACUUGGGAAUCUUCGACAGUCACACCAUCACUCCGUCAGAGGAAUGUGGCCUCUUUGCGACCAGAAGGUUACAGUGAUGGCUCCCGUUGGGAUCCAUAUGUCAAGAUGGGAAAAAAUGGAGGAAGUGGAGGAUCAGGAUCUGUGGCACGUAGCACACCAAACCUGACAGAGUUGGAGGGGCUGGGUGUUGGUUUGGGACCUGGAGGAGCAGAUACAGGAUACACUUGCCUUGGUACCUGGUCCUCUAUAGGAUACAUCAGUAUGCCAAGCAGCGAGGAGAUGGGAAGUAGUGGGGGCAUAGGAAAUGGAGCUGGAAGUGCUGUUGGUUUGGGGUCUGGAAUGAGCGCAGCUGGAGGAUAUUGUAGAGUUGAGCUGGAUGGCAGACCAGUAGAGGGCCAGGGUCCUCGGCAGCAGCAACAGCAGAUUGUUCAACCCUGCAAAGGGUAUGUGAGUCUGGCCAGCAUGAUUGACACUUCUGCCUCCACAUCAACCACACCCCAUUCCAGCACCCAUUCCAGUCCAUGUCAGCCACCACAGCAACCUCCUGGUUCACAUCUAGGGGGUUAUGUUACUCAUCAUCCAAUAUGGCCUGCCGCCAAAGAGACUUCUUCAGGCAAAGGCUAUGUGAUGGCUGGUGAGUUGGGAAAUAAAAUUGCUGCUGCCUCUGGGUCACUGUUAACUCCAGAGGUGGAGGAGGAAAACCAAGGAAUUCUUGGUGCAGAUUUGAGCAAUGGAGGGGAAGACCACCAUGAAGAUGAAGAAUUCCACUCACCAGAGUUGUAUUGUCGCUUUGGUUUACAUCCUGGUAUGAUUCCAGUUCCAGUGCAGAUACCAGUGUCUUCAAAUACUGGGAUGAUGGAGGGAAUUCUGGAUCCUGAACAAGAGAGAACGCCUAAACAAGGAUCAGGUUAUGUGACACACUCUGAUGAGCCUAGGGUUCAGGAAGCUAAGUCUUCAGGUAUGAUUUCAGGCUGUCACAAUGAUCAGAGGGUGAGUGUAAGUGGGAGUAGUGGUAGUGCAGCAAGUGGUUACGUUCCACACAGACAGUUUGAAAAGAGGGAUGCUCUGGCUUUAAGCCAAACAGCAUACCAAGACUACACCAAAGUGUUUCUUCCAAAUACUGAUGAUGCAUCUACCAGCACCAGUGUGUAGAGUGAGUGUUUUCUAGAAUGCGUGCUUUUGAUGUUGACUCUGCGAGAGCAUUGUGUGUCAUAUUGUUUAUUUUUUAACUGUGGAGAGGAAAGACGAUUAUACAAUUCUGUUAACGCUCUUGUGUAAUAAAGAGGAUAUGUACAAUAUGUCAGACUAAAAAUGAAUUCAGUUUAUAUGGGAAAAUAGUCAGGAGAUUCAAAUAUAGCAGUCACAAACAUACACAGUGACAUCAUAUUACCUAAAUGGGACUUCUUUAGUAGUAAUCACAAAUGUGACUAUCCCAGUCACACUACAGAAUAAAUUACUGCCUUAGUAAAUUAUUAUUAUUAUUGGUUACUGAUUAAUUUUAUGUUUCAUUCUUCCUAAAGAAUCCCUAAUCUCCCUUCACCCAAUGUAAACUCUGUUGCCAGUUCCUCCAAAAACUGUUGGAAUGAUGUAUUGUUGGUUAAAGUACUGGAAUAAAUUGCUUUCCUGCGAGUUCACAAUGUGUAAUUCAUUAUUUCAGGUUCACAUUUUAUGUUAGAGGCAUUACUUUUAAUCUUGUAAGAAUCUGCAAUGUUGAAUGUUGAAGUUUUGUAUAUUUACAGUUGUGACCUAAAUGUAAAAUAAUUUUAAACACUUGUUCUGAAGGAAUAAUUUUUAUUUUUUUACUUAUUUAUUUGUUUAUUGUUUACAUUUUUUACGAGGUUGACAUUUAUGAAAUAUUUUCACACAUUUAACAGUGAAUAACGAAACCAUUUUUCUGUAAUUGAAACUUUUCAGUGUGAGGACAAUGUAAUUAAAAUAAAAUCCCUUUUGUGUAUUGUGUCAUGCCUUAUUAUUAAAAAAAUUUCAGUGAAAUACAGUUUAAUCAAAAACAUACCUGCUCUUCUCAUACUGAACAGUAAAUUAUUCCCUAGUACAAAGACCACUGCCUAGCAACCUUCUCCAUUUACAAAGUAUGGAAAUUUUAAGGUUUAGUCUUCUGAUUUUGACACCUUUCAUUUAGUUAACAGAAAUUAGAACAUUAAUCUUGGUCAUGUCUACAACAGUUCUUCUGGUAAUGAAGAAAUAUGGAUUACUUUAGUGAAAAAACAAGACUAAUUUAAUAUGGAGAAACUGGCAAUUAGCUAAGCUGUGUUAUGAAAUUGUGUGUGCAGGAUGGCAAAGUAUUCGUUGCAUAUUUUAAGAUAUUCUAAUUACACAAGAGACUAAGUCACGAAGUGCAAACUGUUUUAAAAAUGAACUUUCGAGCCAUGAUAUAUCGUUACUUACGUUAUUUGAGCAUGUUGUUCAAGAAUAUGUCAUUUAUUAAUUUCGUAUCUGAUAUAACAUGCUGUCAACAUAAUUUCUUCUACUAGUUUUUAGCCCUUUUUAUACAAAAGGCCAAUUCACAAAUAUACAUCUUACUGCUUGAAGAGAGUGCAAUGUUAUAUGAAAAUUAUGUGACUUAUGACGUACAUCACAAUUACCUUUAAAUGUAUAGUAUUUAUAAGAUCCCUUUAGAAAUUGGCUUUGUCUGUUGACAUGUAGUUUCUAAUCCGGUGCCUGUGAUCAUGCCAGUCCAAUCUCCAAGUGGCUUGGCUUCAGUUCUCUCAAAAAUAUACCUAAUAGUGCAGUAGUACUGCUUUAUAAGCCUCAAUGUAGAUACAUACCAGUGGACAAGAAAUGGUGUUGCUCAUAAUUCCUGUGCCUUUCUGCAUGUGACAGUCAUUCUAGCACAGGAAGGGAUGGAGAUGUGUGCAGUUCUUGCCAUUCCUUGUCUAGAUUCUUACUUGUCCCCUGUUGUGUAAAUACCGGAAGAUGAUGGCUCUCAUGGACAGAUUUGUUACUGAAUAAAUGUGUAUUUAUAUGCACCUUUCACUAUUGUGUAUGAGGUAUUUCAGUAUGCCCACAGUUCAUAAUGGCCUUCAGAUUAAUGUAUGGUGACUGCUGAAGCUUCUAAAUCAGUUAAUUUUUCUCUGCCAGAAUUAGUAGCUGUUGUGAAAGGCUAAGAAGCAAGAUCUCUAUAGUUAUGGUUGUGGCCAUGUUCUAGUUUCAAAAUACUUAAGUAUGUGAUGGUGUUAAGACAAUUUAUAGUUUGGGAAAUAUUGAGAAACAGACUUCUUCUGUCAUAGUCAAAUCAUAUGACUUCACUUAUACAGGUCACAAGAUACAGUGUAAUGUUCAUUUUAGUAUUAAUCAAAAGAAAAUGUGGCUUUGUCCAAGGACUGGUUUUCUUUGAAGAAACAACGAAAUUUCAGUGAUAGUUUUGUGGAGUGGAAGACAUGAAGGAAUGUACCUGAGAACCACUCAACAUUCAUCAAAGUGAAGAUGCAUGAAUGAGAAGUUGCCAGUGGUAGUAAUAGUAAUAGUAGUGGCAGUUUCAAAUCUGCAGCAGUAAAAUUCUUAAUAAAUAUUACUGCAAAUUUCUACAGAAAUAAUUCAUGUUAAUAGCUUUUUAAAGAAAAUGUGCCAUCAAUACUUCCCAUGCACCAAAAAUAUUACCUUUUGGAAACUGUAAGCAAAGUGAGUGGAAUUAGCUUGGUUAUGGAACACUUUUGUUUGUCUUUGUUUCUUCAUGUUUUUAAGGUAAAACUUAGGGUGUUUUAACAGUCUGUAUUUUAAUUAAUUUCUUACUGUUAAGAGAGAAUUUGAGAGAUGAGAAGAUUGCCAUGUACCUUUCUGUAUAAAAUGUAAGAACAGUCAAACCUAUUUAAUACAGUGCAAGUAUAAUUGUAAGCAUGACUGUGGUAAUAACUGUUAGUAACAAAUGUAAAAAUGCAUAUAGUUUAAAUUUAAUUGCAAUAAGUUGCAUUGGAAGUACAGUAACCAGCCCUGUUUUGUGAAGUAAGUUGUGAAGAAUAGACUGAGUGAUGUAGGUGUGGGUAAUCUGUUCGCUGCUUGCCAUCAUAACUUCUACAAACCACAAAAGCUGUAACAUUUUACACAGUACAUUGGAAGCUUCUGACAUUUGUAGUAAUUGGAGAGUUCUAUCAUGUGGCAUAUGAAGCCACCAAGUUCUCUGAAAAGCAAACAACAUUUCAGAGGGACAUGUCACGUCCAUCUUCAUGGACGAGUAAUAAGCCAAGCAAGAAACCAGCAGAAAGCAGGUAGCAAGCAGAGUAAGCUGGUUUUGUGGCUGUCUUAUUCUUCAGCCCUGAAGAUGGAGGUGACAUGUUCCCCUUAAACAAUGAUUGAUUUUCAGUGGAGUACAUGGUAUUAUAUCCCAGAAGACAGAACUCUUCUUAACCACUACUGUGAGAACCUCAAAUCCUACAUCUCUAAUAACUUGCUGUGCUUGCUUGUUUCUUUAUAUAAUUGGAUUAUGGUGAGAUUUUUCAAGGUCCUACAAAGAAACUGUUAUAGUAACAAAGAUGGAAUCUUAUAGUAUGUGCACAAAAUGUCUCAUUUACAUAAAUCUGUACUAAAAUUUGAUACUAAACAUACACUGAACUAAUGUAAACAACUGAGUUUCACAGUAGUAUGAGGACAAAAUUACUGUGAAAUGUAUGACAUUAAACAUUUUAACUCCUACAUCAGUGGUGAGUGGGUUGACUUGGCGAUAAAGAGGUGCGUUCAUUUUAGGUGAAAACUGAUUUAGAUAAGAAUUUAUGGGUAUAAUAGUGUCCUAAAAAUGGAAAUGAUUUUUAAUUUUAUCUUUGUGGUUUGUGGUACUGUUGUUGAAGUUUGUGUUGUUUGCAUGGCUGUGUCUCACAUUUUUUUUUAUAUCUAGCAAAUGUUACCAUUUCUAACAAGUGACACCACUUAACCAAAACAUUUGAUAAUUUUCUUGACAAACUUCAUAACAUGAAGAGGCAGGCAAUAAAUUCAUUCGUGGGUCAGCUGAUAAUUUAUACAUAUUUUGAGUCAUUUUCUUUACAUUCGGUUUUGUUAUGAUGUUAAUUUAAAGUUAUCGAUUAAUGCAGGUAACUAUAAUGGAAGAUUUUCAGUACUGCUUUGCUUUCAAUAACAGAAUUUGGGUUCAGUUCUUUAACCACCUGCUUGUGCAUAGGCUUUCAGUUAGCAAUGUUAAAGUUUUAAUGGAACUGUAUAAUUUACCUACUAAGAAAACUACACCAUAAUGUGGUUGUGGGUGGCAUUCUUAUCCUGUUCAUGUAUUGAUGAAAACUUUUGCAAAAUGCCUAGUAACUAAUAUUCUGUUAUGCUAGAACCUUAAGACAUGCCUCUUCUCUGUAUUACUUUCCAUUUAAAUUUUUACAAUUUUAUGCACGAUUUUGGAGAAAUGAACAAUGUCAACAGAUUAUCAAGUUCCUGUAGUGGAGACCAGUUUCAGUUUAUCAUUUCACUUUUUUUCGUUUGAACCUAUCGUUUCUUCUCAUUUCCUUCCUGAACAUGAUAAUAUAAUACUCUGUAUGAUGUGCCAAUCUUUGCGAAAUUUAAAAUAUUUUACCAUAUUUCCGCAAAGCAGGAAGACUUAUAUUUCAAGUAUGUUAUUGGUAAUGAUGUGGUACCACACUUCAUUCUGUGAGAUUAGCCAUUAAGUUUUACCUUAGCUUCUUUAUCCCCUUGCCUACAAUUACACAUCAAACGUCACUGGAAUUUCUGCUUCAUAUUCUGGAGGCUUUGAGUUCAAAUAUAAGCUCACCAGCUACUUUGACUGAGGUUCUCAGCCCCUUCAGCCAGAUUCUGGGAUAGUACUUGGAUUAGGCCAUGCCCAAUUCCCACAGUCUCCUUUCCAGUCCUUUAUUCACUGAGCAUUAUAUCCUUUUAUGCUAUGCUGUUGAAAGGAUGUUAGGUGAACUAAAAAUAAGUGUAUAAAUAUCAAAAAUUCUGUAAACAGACAUCUAGCCUUGUAAAUGAGUGUGGGGGUGACUGACGUUGCAUUUUUAUAUAUAAUGAAUGACCUAGGAAAAACUGAAACUGUUGGAAAUUGUGACAAAAAGGUUGAUUUUUUUCCUCAAAAUUUCAAGUAUUAUGAAUGACCUAAACAUGUCAUUGAUUUUAACAGGAUUUUUAACCACAGUGAGUUCUUGCAUUCACUGACCUAGAAUUGGAGAAGCGUGACCUUCAGAUUCUCAGAAUUAAAUUGGAGCAGCCAUAGAAUGCUUUUAAUGGUUAGUCAUUUUGGAGAAUUAAGACUAAAAUAGAAUACAUAAGUCAUCUUUGAAAAUAAACUUUCCAA